AUGAAACAGAUUGAAAAUAUAAGACUAAAACAAAUCAUAAAGCAAAAUCAAACUACUAAUAGUGUUUCGCAGUUCUCGGUUUCUCCAACUUUAUCAGUGACUCCACAAAAGCCUAUUAAUGAUCACUUUGAUGACAAAAAACAAGAUACUCAGGUUACAGCACAAA